UGGGCUCGACGCCCUCGUCCCAUUCGUCCCUCGCGCUCCCCUCGAUGUCCAAAUGUCCUAGCCUGUCAAAUUCCUCGCUGGUUCUCACUCCGCGCCUUCGAUGCCUUGUGUCCUCUUUCUGUCCUCGUGGUUUGGCUUCUCUUUGAUCUCCUCUUCCUUUCGGAGUACAUCUUUCUCUGAUCGCCGGUCCCUGAGUAGCCCUGAGCCUCGUGGUGACGGCAAAGACGUCAAAUUUGUGGAGUGAGUUGUGUGAAGGUAGCAGAUAACAAUUUGGACACCGAGCCGCCCGCUGGUGUGUAUGGUGAUUUGGUCACAGGUCCAGAUUGUGAUUCGUGUGUCGCAUUGCUUCGGUGGUUAAAUGGAAAGGUGAGGUUUGCCAUCAGGCACUGAGGGCAGAGGAUUGGGCGAUAUGGUGGAGGAUAGGAGGGUUGGCGGAAGGGGGGGCAGGAGCGGAGGAGGACGAAACAGGGGAGGAGUUGGGUUUUGCAUCGGGGGCUGAGUAGGAAAUUUGUUAAUGCCAUUGGCCAGAUUAUGAGACGCUGAGAAAAUGAGGUGGGAGCGGCUGAUUCGAGGGUGCUCUGUACUUUUGCCAGCGAAGGCAAGCGUUCGCGGCUUUAGUAGUCAGGGGGAUGCAGGCUGCGGAGGGCAAAAAUUCUCGAGGAAGUUCUCCCAAAGAGUUCUCAAGGAUUCGAAGGAAGGCCCCAGGAAUCGUCGACUCCAUGGAGUCCAUGUUUUUCAAUGCUCUGUAAGCUGGGUCUCCUUCUCUUCUACGUUGACCUGAAUGGACAAGGCUUGCUGCGUAGUCAGUCCACCAGCUUACUAGUCUCAUGGAUCAAUUAGGAAUUGUGGCAAACAUAUCUCAGAACAUUGCACGGCGGGGGGCGAACAUUCUGAAUGUUGACAUCUACAUUGAUUUUGAUAAUGGGUCACCUGUUUUUUAUUCUCGCAGUGAGUUCUCCUUUGAUCCAUUGCAGUGGCCACGAGAUGUGAUGGAAGAAGACUUCGCAGAAAUUGCUCAUAUUUUCAAAGCUCAAAAGUCCUUGGUACGCGUGCCAGAAUGUGAUGAAAAUUUGAAAAUGGCAGUACUUGCAUCUUGGCAGGAUCACUGUUUGGUGGACCUCCUGCACAGGUGGCAGGAAGGUGAACUUCCAGCUCAGAUAGGCGCUGUUAUAAGCAACCAUAGUAGGGGACCCAACACUCACGUGGUUCGAUUCUUGGAGCGGCACGGUAUACCAUAUCAUUAUCUACCCACAACCAAGAGCGACAAGAGGGAGGGAGAAAUUGUUGAACUUGUCAAAGAUACAGAUUUCCUGGUUCUAGCUCGUUACAUGCAGGUCUUGUCAUCCACAUUUUUGAGGUCCUACGGGAAAGAUAUCAUCAACAUUCAUCACGGGUUGCUCCCUUCGUUUAAGGGAGCGAAUCCAUAUAGACAGGCUUAUCAAGCUGGAGUGAAGUUGAUUGGUGCUACGAGUCAUUUUGUGACAGAAGAAUUAGACGAUGGACCAAUUAUUGAGCAGAUGGUUGACAGAGUAUCACACCGCGACACGUUAACGACGUUUGCCAUGAAGUCGGAGAAUUUGGAGAAACAGUGUUUAGCUAAGGCCAUCAAGUACUACUGUGAGAAACGGAUAGUAAGAUACAGUGGAAAUAAAACCAUCGUGUUUGGUUAACGUAAUGGGAAGACAAAUUUCGCCAGCUAUUUCCGACUUGUAGCAGAGGUAAAGCUAUACUUAGUGUGUUUAUAUCCACCUCCCAUCAUCCAUGGUUUUUGACCUGUUAGGAGUGACGAUUGAUGGUCACCAGUGAUCAAGACUUUAGUCCGGCUUGUGUGUCACGCCCAUGGAAGUUAGCACUUCCCAAACUUUCCAUGUUAUAGCAUUAGAAGGGCUCUUGGUCUACAAGCCCUCAUUGAUCUCCAAAGAUGAAAAGAUUGCGCUAAAACAAAGAUAUUAUAGAAUGCAGUGUGCCGUUCUAGGUACAUAUUUUGACGUCGACGGAAGUUUUGGAUGUUGUCACGCAUCAGGUCUGCGUCUCCA